AUGUCCCUCUCCUCAUACCUAGCCUCGAAAUACCUCUCUGCGGACCCUCCAACAUCCUCAUCCAGCGGUAAGAAGCGCAAGCGCAAAGCCGCUGCAGCCCAGCCAGGUCUCAUAAUCGCCGACGACGACGCGCUCGGCUGGUCCAACACUCCCACAUCACAGAACGACGAGGACGAUGGGCGCCCUCUGACCGUCUCCUCCGGCAGUGCAGAAUUUCGCAAAGCAAAGAAGAAUGCCUGGAAGACUGUAGGCGUACCAGCUCUGCAACCGAAAGACGAAGAGGCCGACGAGGCCGACAAGAUAAUCCAAGCUGCGGCCGCUGAGAACUCCGCCGCUCUACAUGCGGAUGAAGGGCCUGUGGUGGAAGACGAAGAAGACACGGGUUUAGUGAAGAUGAGCGACGGGACACAUGCCGGUCUGCAGAGCGGAGCAGCAGUCGCGGCGCAAUUCCAGAAGCGGAAGCGUGCAGAAGCCGAAUCAUGGGCGCGCGAGGAAAAAGAGAGGAAAAAGAAGGGUAUUGUGGGGGAGGAGACUGUGUAUCGAGAUGCGACGGGGCGGCGGAUAGAUAUCAGUAUGCGGAGACAGGAGGCGCGACGGCUAGAGGACGAGAAGGCGAAGAAGGAACGGGAGGAGAAGGAGGCACAGAAGGGAGAUGUGCAGAGGGCGCAGGCUGUGAAGAGGAGGGAAGAUUUAGAUGAGGCGAGGUUUCUGCCGCUUGCUAGGACGGUGGAUGAUGUGGAGAUGAAUGAUGAGAUGAAGGAGGUGUCGCGGUGGAAUGACCCUGCUGCGCAGUUUUUGGUGAAGAAGGAUAAGAAGGGUAAGGCGGGGGGAAAGAAGCUGUAUAUGGGCGCUGCGGCGCCGAAUCGGUAUGGGAUUCGACCUGGACAUCGGUGGGAUGGCGUGGAUAGAGGGAAUGGAUGGGAAGGUGAGCGAUUCAAGGCGAUGAACCGGAGGGUAAGAAACAAGAAUCUGGACUUUGAGUGGCAGAUGGAUACGUAA